CCUGCCAGGCUCCUGGUGGCUGUGGCUGCUGGCCAGACCCUCCCCACCCGGUUUUCCCUGGGGGAGGGCAGCGAGGAGAAUCCCUGAGGCCCUGAGGCCCCAUUCUGCCUGCCAUAGCAGUGCUGAGCCUUCUCCACCUGCCGCCUGCUGAGUGCAGGUGCUGACCAGGUGCUGAAGGUCCCAGUGGCCAGGCAGCCCUGGCCCUCGUCUCCACCAGGAGACCCAGCCCUCCCUCCCGGACCAAAGGGCCUCCGUGGGGCCCCAAGAAGGCUCCUACUGUAGCAGAUUUGAGGGCUGCCUGUAUGUGAGGAUAUUAGGAAGGUCUUUCACACCUAAAAUGUGUCUCCUCCUCAUUCUCUGUCCCCCUCGACUGCCUAAAACAAUGCCAUUAGUGCCUCAUCUCUAAAAGGGAUGCUGGGGUCAGGCGGCAGGCUCAGGGUCUCAGGGCUGAUAAUCCCCAGAGGUUACCAGGGCUAGGAUCUUCCCUUUGCAGGAACUCCUCCCCAGCAUGACUGCAGGCCUGACUUACUCACAGACUGUGCUGGGGAGCUCACCAGCCCUCGGGCCUCCUUUUCCCGUCUAUGCAGGCUGCCCUCACUGGGAGGAAGUGUCCUUGUGCAUGUGCAAAGCCUGCCUUCUGGUCCCACCCUCUGAUUUGCAGCCCCUGCCCACCCCCACCCUGACAUUCUGGCAGGAUGGAGGCCAGGCCAGGGACUGGGGGUGCACGUGAAGAGGACCGGCUGUGGGUUCUGGAGGGCAGGGGUGGGUCACUCAGUCCAGCUGGCCCCUCACAUUACCUUCCAUCUCUGUGCCCCAGGACAAGUGGGAGGAGAAGGCUCGUGAGGAUAAGAGCUUUGACAUCUUCUGUGAUGUGGGCCACCUGGCGCUGGACACCUUCAUGCACACUUUGCACCUUUGGCAAAGCAGACACUGGCCUGGGUCACAGGGACAGUAGUUAUUACCAGGCGGUCAGCGAGCUCACUCUGCUGACACAGCAGCGCAUCGAGUCCUUCCAGUACCACAACGACUUCAUCUACUCACUCAUCCAUCAUGGCCGCCACUUCCUGCAGGCCUUCCAGGUGGCCCACGACCACACAGACCAGGUCAUCAGGGAACGGAAGGCAGCCCUGCAGGAUGAGAAAGAGCAGGAGAAGAUCCGGAACCGGCACCUGGGCUUUCUGGACAUUCGCCUGACGGCUCGGGUGAUUGCGCGCCCAGCUGAGAACUGGUCCCAGAGGGCCUGCGCACCAUCCUCUGGGAUGGGGUUCACUGGAUAGCAGCAGGGGCGCUUAACCAUGGUUUCCCUGUUUCUCCUGCAAACAUGACCUGUUCCUUGUCCUGUGACACAUAGCAGCAAAGUCUCAGAGGUGGGAUGAUUCGGGUGCGGCUUGCCAUAGCACCAGGGAGAGAUGUCCUAACUGGGACGUUUGGUCACAUGCUAGAAGGCCUGAAGACCAACACUAGACUUCUAAGACUGCAAAGAAUCUUAGCACCCUAGAAUCUUAGAACCUUAGACUUUCUUCAUUCUUGCAUUCAUUCAGUUGAUCUUUUAUUUAUUCACUCCAUAAACUCACUGAGCCCUACCCCAGGUUAGUUCCUGUGCUAGGGAUGCAGAAGAUGACAAAUACCUGGCCUUGCACCCUAGACCCUUAUAGGCUGGAGGAGGAGACAAGAGGUGGACGUUGACAGAGAUCCCUUCCUCCACCAGGUGGCAUUCUGUGUGUCAAGUGAGCAGAACUGACAGUAAGGGCUUGGUAAAGUUACAGGUUAAUUGGCCUGAGGGAUCAGGGAAGGCUUCCUGGAGUAGGAGACCAGGAGACUGGGAGAGAGGUCCUGACUACAGGCACUGGCUGGGCGCAAUCCCCUUCAGGGAGGCAGAUUGUGGCAUCAUAGCACAGGCAGAGGGCUGUAGGAUGUCUGUCUAUAAUAUCAAGGACCCUGGGCUGGGAAAGGCAGGAGGUGGGAGGGGGAGGGAACUAUGUGAAGAACCACCAGGAGAGCAGGGCUGGGUUGAGAGAGGCUGGUGGAGGAGUGCAAAGGGGCCUGGUACAGGGUCAGGACCCAGGGACAGGAGGACCAGUCCCCACGAAGUCCCCAACUGUGACGGGCUUGAAGAAGACCCUCCUCCCUCAGAGUAGCCGACCAGAGAUGCAGGGGACUGCCAAGAGGUUGUCCUGUGGGGGAGGUGUCACUGUUUACUGCUUGGGAUGUGACGUCCUCUCCCACCAGCCCAGCCAUCUGCCCAACUGGGCUUCUCCCAGUCCCUCCUGGACAGAAGCCCACACCUUGCCCUCUGAGGCAAUGCGAUAUGACUGGCUUUGCUGGGGUCCUGGCACCACAGAGCAGAUAAAAUCUCCCUUCCUUGUCUCCUCUGUCUUCCCUCCCCUUCUCUCGCUUGUCUUCCAUCCGUCUCCUUCAAAGGGAAGACAAAACUCCAUGCAACAUUGUGAAAUUUAUUACAGAAUGUGGGAAAGAAAGAGAAGGUGUGUGAAUGACAAAAGGGUAGACAUCUAACAGACAGAAGAGAUCAGUUAUUGGGAGGACAGAGAGAUGGUAGUUACACAGUGACUCUGCAGGCUGAAUACUGGCUCCCUGUGGUGUCCACGUCCUAAUCCCU